AUGUCUCUCUUUCCAGAUUAUCUUUCUGAUGCUCUUUCCAGCUAUGGUAUAGACACCAUUUUUGGUAUAGUUGGCAUCCCAGUCGUGGAAUUAGCAGAUACCAUGAUUUUGAAAGGUAAAAUCAGGUUUUAUGGGUUUCGAAACGAACAAGCGGCAUCAUACGCGGCUUCCGCGUAUGGGUAUUUGACUGGGAAGCCAGCGGUGUUACUUACGGUGGGUGGUCCUGGCGUAGUGCACGCUUUGGCUGGGAUGUACAAUUCGAUAUCGAAUAAAUGGCCCUUGUUGGUGAUAGCUGGCAGCAGCGAGGACACGCACCGCGGUGGGUUUCAAGAACUGGACCAAGUCUCGCUACUCACUCCGUAUAUCAAAUUUACGGCUCGAUUGACCUGCAAAAAUGUGGACGAAACCUUGUAUAACGCAUUACGGCAAGCCAGUUUAGGUACGCCCGGCGUUUCCUAUAUGGACGUACCUGGAAACGUCUUUGCACAAAGAUGCCCGGACAGCCAGCCUCUACCCCCCAGGCCACUACGUGCGGUCAAGUUCCAACCUCCAGACUCAGAUAUUGAAAUUGCAGCCAGAGCGUUACGUUCGUCUAAGAACGUAUUGUGCGUGAUCGGGAAAGGCGCUACGAACACCGCUGGCGAGGUUCGUGCGUUUGUUCAAAAAUUCAAUUUCCCUUUCUUGCCCACGCCCAUGGCGAAAGGCGUUGUCCCAGAUUCCAGCGAUCUGAAUGUAUCAUCAGCCAGGUCCUUGGCACUUAGCACUGCGGAUGUAGUUCUAGUGCUCGGGGCGAGACUUAACUGGAUUUUGCAUUUCGGCAAGGCUCCCAAAUGGAAGAGUUCCGCUGUGUUCAUUCAAGUCGAUACCACAGCGGAGGAGUUGGGCCACAACAAUAGCCUUGGCACGACAUACUCCUUGUGCGGAGAUAUUGGGCACACGUUGCGCAAACUGACAACGAUACUGGGCUCCUUCACUUUUCCUGGGGUCUCCUCGCUGGUACGCAAACAGGUUCUUGCAAAUCAGGACAAAUUGCAGGCGAAAGAAAGGACGAUUACUGCCCAACUAACCUACAAUCAGGUCUAUGCGCUUAUUAGAAGCCAAAUUAUCGAUAGGGACACUUUCAUUGUAAGUGAGGGCGCUAACACAAUGGACGUGGCCAGAAUAUCGUUCCCCACUGAUUAUCCAAAGCAAAGACUUGACGCGGGCACCAAUGCUACCAUGGGUGUGGGACUAGGCUAUGCAAUUGCUGCAAAACUGGCGUAUCCGUAUAAGCAAGUGCUGUGCAUACAAGGCGAUUCUGCAUUCGGGUUUUCUGGCAUGGAACUGGAAACCGCGGCACGCUACCGUCUUGGACUCGUCGUGGUUGUGAUGAACAACAGUGGGAUCUACCAUGGUGCAAACGACAAAGACGCUACCAAGACCCAUCAGCCUCAAAACAUGGCCUCUACGACCUUGACCACCAAGUGUCGUUAUGACCUUGUAGCGGAGGGACUGGGAUGCCGUGGCUUUCUUGUCGAGAGUCUAUCAGAGCUGCACCGUGCACUACAAAAGGCGUUCGAAUUGGCUACAGAAGGCCGGCCCGCUCUGCUGAAUGUCAUUAUAGAGCCCGGACGGCAAGGAAAGCUCGAGUUUGGCUGGCAGAGCAAAUCGAGGUUGUGA